AUGUGGUUUGGAGAAUCUGAAGCUAAUGUGCGUGACGUAUUCGAUAAGGCUCGUGCUGCAGCACCUUGUGUUCUAUUCUUUGAUGAACUGGACUCGAUCGCAAAAGCUCGAACUGCGGGUGAUGCUGGUGGCGCGGCUGAUCGUGUAAUUAAUCAAAUCCUUACCGAAAUGGAUGGUAGACGCACUACAUUAAUUUAUCGUGAAAUCAAAAAACAUCUAGCCCAUAAUAUUGUUUGCAGACCAGACAUCAUUGAUUCUGCUAUUCUUCGUCCAGGACGUCUUGAUCAGUUGAUUUACAUCCCACUUCCUGAUGAAGCAUCUCGCCUUCAGAUCUUCAAGACUCCUGUAGCUAAAGAUGUGGACAUGACAUUCCUUUCGAAGAGCACUGUGGGAUUCUCUGGUGCUGAUCUUACGGAAAUCUGCCAAAGGUGUGUUUAUAUCUUAUCUUUAGGUUCGUUAGUCGAGUUAUUUUGUGAGGAAAUCAAGAUUGAGAAAGAUAGGCAGGAACGACGUGCACGCGGAGAGGAGCUCAUGGAGGAUGAGGCUUAUGAUCCAGUGCCUGAAAUCACUCGUGCACAUUUCGAGGAGGCCAUGAAGUUUGCUCGAAGAUCCGUAUCUGAUAAUGACAUCAGAAAGUAUGAGAUGUUCGCGCAAACUCUGCAGCAACAGAGAGGAUUUGGGAACAACUUCAAAUUCCCAGGGGAGCAGCCCAAUCAGCCGUCGGGAGUUCCUGUCGGAGGAAACGAUGAUGACGAUCUUUACAGUUAA